GGUUUAGCUGGAUAUUAGGAAGCAAUUUUUUGCUGAGAGAGUAAUCAGGCCUUGGAAUGGGCUGGGCAGGGAGGGGGUGGAGUCCCCGUCCCUGGAGGUGUUGAAGGUGAGAGUGGAUGUGGCCUCAGUGCCAUGGUCUGGGAAGCACGGCGGGGUUGGAUCAAGGGUUGGACUUGAUGAUCUCGGAGGUCUUUUCCAACCUGUCUGAUUCUGUGAUUCUCUGAUUCCCAUUCCUGUGGCAGCACAUGCUUGAGGCUCCAUCCCCAGGGGGAUAGAGAUGUCUGUCCAUAUCUAUCUGCAAGGUUCCUGUCCUUGAGCCCAGGCCCUGAGGUGAGGCUGAGAAGUGGCGCGGAGGUGAGCCCAGAGCUGUCCCUGAGGUGAGGCUGAGAAUAAGUGCAAGGCAGAGGUGCUGCUGAGGAAGGAGAGCCCCGUGGUGGGGAAGGCACAAAGCUGUGUUUGCCCAUCCCCGAGCAGGUGCUGUGUCCAUCCCCUGUGUGCCAGGAUUUCUCCUUCCCAAAGCUUGGGCGGAUGGAGGAGGAGGCUGCGAGGAAGAGGAAGAUGCCUUGGGCCCCCCAGGCAGGCCCCGAGCUGAGGACGGAGAGCCCGGAGGACAAAUCCCCCCGUGAGACCCUGGUGGGAGAGGCCGUUUUGAAGGGCUCCCCGGCGCAGGAAGGCAGCGGGGAGGAAAAGGGCCGGAGAUCCCCCCGCAGGAGGGGCUCCAAAGCCAGCCCAGGGUGCUCUGAGGAGGAAAGAGCCAGCCUGUGCCGGGAAGGCGGCCGGAGCUUGAGGGGGAGCUCUGACCUGGUGGUCCCUGAGCAGCCUCCCAGCAGGGAGAAGCCCUUCAGAUGCUUGGAAUGUGGGAAGAGCUUCAGGAAGAGCACCAAACUCCUCAUUCACCAGCACAUCCACACUGGGGAACGGCCCUACCCAUGUGGGGAAUGUGGGAAAUGCUUCAGGGACCGCUCCUACCUCCUCAAGCAUCAGCGCAUCCACACUGGGGAACGGCCCUACAGCUGUGGGGAAUGUGGGAUGAGCUUCAGGUACAGCAGCAAUCUCCGCAACCACCAGCAGAUCCACACUGGGGAACGACCCUAUUCGUGUGGGGAAUGUGGGAAAACCUUCAGGGACAGCUCUGACCUCCUCACUCAUCAGCGCAUCCACACUGGGGAACAGCCCUACACGUGUGGGGAAUGUGGGAAGAGCUUCAACGUGAGCUCCAACCUCCGCAAACACAGGCGCAUCCACACCGGUGAGAGGCCCUACAAGUGUGAAGAGUGUGGGAAGAGCUUCACCGAGAGCUCUACCUUGACCUCACACCAACGGACCCACCAGUAAGGGCCCCCUACGAGUGCCCCGAAUGCAGGAAGAGCUUCAGUCGCUGCUUCCACCCCGUGAUACCUUAAGCCCCUAAUGGUUUUUCAUUUUUCUAAUACUUGUAAGUUUUAUAAGUAGUGGAAGUAGACUCUAAAGGCAGCAUCCCCCCCUUCUUCCCUUAUCCCUUUCCCUCUAGCACCCUUGUUUACACAUUCCUUAACCCUCUUACCCCAUUCUAUGCUCCCUAUAUCACUCAUACCCCUGAAUACAGCAGAAAUGUUUAGUCUUUUGUCAAGGCAAGGCCUAGAUUGUUGGCAGAACAGCAUAUCAGGGCCUAAACCACAGAACACGGUCAAGAAUUGGGUGACUAUGUACCCUUUGUGCUCUGAUGAAGAUGAAGAUGGGAUGAACAGAGAGUCCCAAAACACACCCCAGACCCAUUUUCAGGGGGUGGACCCGGGACGGACCAGAGUAAAGGCCACAGGGUGGACACAUCUGGGAUUGGAUGGAUGGUAUUAUAAAAUGUAACAUCUCAGGCACGGCCUGCGUGCGUCUUGUAAGAUCUUUGCCUUGGCCUAAUAAACCCUUUCUUAUCUCACCCCUAAUUAAUUGCUCCGGAGAUUUUUCAGCACCUAACUCCCACGGCAACAGUUGGUGGCCCGUACGUUGGGGAAACCUGGACCGGGACUUCUUCAGACUGGAAACUUUCAUCGCGCAGGAAUUCCUCAACAAGCCGGCUUUUAUCUGAGAUAAUUCCCGCCCCGGUCUGAGAAGCCCAGCUCCACAGAACCCACGGAAGCAAGCACGGAGCAUAGAGGUGAGAUAAGAAAAGAACAAAUAAGGGAAAACGGUACCUGGUUGGUUAGCAGCUGCGGGAAAAGUUUGUGUUCCGGGAGAUAGGGAACACGGGUUACUGGAAAGUUAGCUUAAAGACUUGGGCCCGUUAUAGUCGCAAAAGUCGCUUUCCAGGCGGCGAACGGGUGGUUCGUCAGCACAGGUCAGGGCGGGUAUUCAGCCUAGGGGCUGUUCUGCUUUUGGAAGGGACGCCUUCUGGUGCUCUGACACUGUAGGGGAGCCGGUGGGGCUCCAGAGUCGGUGUGGUUCGCUAGUGGUUAAGUAGCUGAGAGGUUACGGUUACAGCCUCAUAACCCCAAGGUAACAAGUUUGAAUCCCAGUGUGUGACUGUGGUUUGGUUUUGUAUUUUGUAAUCAUGGGUUGUGUAGAUUCAAAAGUUGAGAUCCCUAAAGAAUCCCCCCUGAGAAUGGUUUUGAAGUAUUGGAAAAUUUUAACUGAUCCCAAUACAAGUUUAAGAAAAGAAGAACUUUGUAAACUAUCUGUAAGUGUAUGGCCGUUAUUUGGGCAGAUGAAAGGAGUAACUUGGCCAGAAUUCGGUUCCUCUGAGCUAGACACGGUAUUGAAGUUAAUUUCACUCCUCAAUGCGGAGCAAAAAUGGGAAGAGAUAAGGUAUGCAGAGUUGUUUAUGUUUCUGCUAACACGCCCUGGAUUGAGGGGAGAGAAGAGAAACGAAAGCUCAGAAAAGGCAGAAAAAUCGGGAGUUGGAAAAAAGGGGAAAAGACCUAGUUAAAACUACCCCUGUCUCACGAGUUUUAUUUAAAAACACCGGAGAAGAUUAUUUAGAUAUGUUGAUAUAUCUGACAGGAGAGAAAGUAGCCCGGGAGCUCCACAAAUUGGACUCCCCGCUGCAGCAGCAGCAGGGGGGGCUGGAACUGCCGGUGUGCUGGCUCCUGGACCGACUCUGGCUGGGCAGGCAGGAGCCAUUGAAGGACCCCCUGGUGUGGAUCUGGCUGCACCGGGAGGGAUUAGGCAAAUUAAAGCCUCUGGAGAAGUUAGCUCGAGUCCAGCGGGAGCGAGUUCUGUCGGUUUAGUUGGAGUAUGCACAGACGUGCAGAUAAGAUCAGCUUUUGUUGAAGCUGCUUUUAGCCUGACAGAGCCAAGCGGGAGUUACGCAGACGCUGCGGGGCUGGCUAGCCCAGAAAUAACAGGAGUAACAACAGGAGAAACUUCUGGCCCCACAUGGGCAAUGGUUGCGGGGUCUGCCCUGCCUGUUCCAGCGAACGGGGAAGCACUCUGUAGCUCUGCAGCUGCCAGCAGCUUUGCCGGAGCAGGCAAAAUUCUCAUAGCAACAGCAGAAGUGAGCUCCAAAGUAGAGGAACAAGUAACAGCUAAAGUUGAUAGUUGUAUCAGCAAUGGAGUAAGAACUGUGAAGGCUGAAAAGUCAGCUUCUGGUAAGAUUGCUUUUGGUGUAGUAACAUCAGAGAAAGUUAUUAUGGAUGCGGCAUCUGUUGCAGAAGCAAAAGAGAUUUUAGAAGUCACAGCGAAAGCGCCGCAGCAUUUGGCCAGUGUAGGGAUGGCGGCAGGCGUAGGAGUCACUGAUUCAGAUAGUAGCAGUGAAGCGAAGAUGUCGGCCCCAGGGGGGGCGGCGGCCCCAAAUGUAGAGGUGUUUGUGAGAGCGAGUAGCCCAGCACCACGGAUGGGUGCUCAGGUAGUUGAUUCUAUCGGUGGCGAUAGCGAUAUGAGAGCUGUAAGAACAGGGCUGCAUGCCCCGAGUGUAAGAGAGACCCCAAAGUUUGCUGUAGGCUGUACUGUUGUAGAGGAAAAAACAAGAGAAAUGAGUUGGGUUAAAAUGUGUGAAACCAGGCAAAAAGCAAAUGAGUCGCCCACAGAGUUUUUGAACAGAUUGAAAGAUGUUGUUAGAAAAUAUAGUGAUAUUGAUAUAGAAUCAGAAAUGGGAAAGAAACAUCUGGUAUACUUGUUUGUGGGACAGUCCACAAACGAUAUAAGGAGGAAAUUGCAAAAGGCAGGUGGUAGUGAAAGAGACAUUGAUGAACUAUUAGAUAUAGCCUGGGCAGUAUAUCAAGAGAGAGAGCAGAAAGCUAGUACGGUGGGCGGUGACGCGAGUAUAAGAACAGCCGUUGCCGCGGCAACGGAACUCCCGGCUCAGAGAGCAGGGGAGGUAUCUGGAACGGCCGUUACCACGGCGACAGAACUGGCUGGCGCGGUGAAGAAAAAAGUGUUGCCUGUGUGUGAUACAGUGAGGAUGCUGUGACAGAGAGAGCGAGAUUGGAGCAGGGAGCGAUCCCGAAGCUUAGAACUGUAGCGAGCACAGUAGGGCGGGGACAGGAAAAACUAGUCCCAGUUGUUGCUCCGACUAAUGAGGAGGUUUUGGCUCCUAUUAGUGUGGUCCAAACAGAGACGGCAAAUGCGAGUGCCGUGAAACCUAUGGGACCGUUGAGCGUAGCAGUGAGAGAGAGAGCUGGGGCUUCUGAUUUUGCAGGGGUGGCGGGACCCAAUUCUGCCCUUGCUGUUUCGGGAACCGCCCCAGGUGUGGCAGGCGCGACUGGUCGGCAGGGAACAAAGACACCGAGAGCUGCGAGAAAAGCGGGGGGGUAGCUCCUUCCCCUGUAACAUCUAACCCCAUGCAGGCAGCUGCAGUGGGUGCGAGUGCUGUAGAAAUUUUAAAGCCACCCGACGACUUCACAGUUGUUAUAACAAUAAAGAUGCCUGCUCCCAUAACAAGUGGAGCAGAGCCGAAAGCCAGAGCGGCCAGUGCCCAGCCUAUUCCAACGUGUAAGGGGGAAAGAGAGGACAAAAUCAGUGUAAAUUCCUGGCGAAAAAACUAAAACCCGCCGGUGCAAUAUAUGUCAUAAGACAGUAAGGUGAUGUUUUGAAAAUUAUGAGAGCUAUUUAGAUCCAAAGGGAGAAACUGAUUUGUCCCCAACAAACGAAACUGGGAAAAGAAACUCUCUACUAACCCUUACAUCCCCUGUCUUUUAAAACUGUCAUAGGCUCAUGACCUAUGAAAGAAUAUUUCCACUCUAUCCCAGUAAGGGGGAAUACUGAUCUAUUUUAAAUGUAAAUUAACAAUGUGUCAGAAGUUAACUGUUAACAGACAGUUUGUUCCAGCAACCAGACCUGAAGCUGUACCACUAAAAUUCAGGCUGAGAGCCAUGAGAAUAACUUUUAUGCAGAAGUAGACAAAUGUCUCAACUGCAAAUGAAAUACACCAGACCAAGAGUGAGUAGGUAAAAGCCUUCUGACACAAUUGAAAUCAACUUGCACUAAAGGUGGUACAGAAACGUAUACAUAUAUUGUAAUUAUUGUGUCUAUUUUGUUACUUUCUAUGUUAUAUUAUUUUAAGCUUCGCUUAUUGUUAGUUUAAUUGCUAAGAAUUGAAAGCUUAUAUUGCUUUUGCUUUUGCAACAUGAAGUGCUUUAAAGCUUGCAAUAUUUAUACGUGCACAUAUCUUGUUCCAACGACAAUUUGUAAACAUCUAUGUCUCUCUGCAGCCUGUGGAAGAAUUUCUCUUAAAAGCAAUUUGAUGAGAGAUCCAUAGAACUUUCAUGUGAUUGUGGAAUCACGUUUAUCUAUUUAUGUUUUUGAGAUGCUUUUUAUCUAGUGUCAUCUAGGAAUGUAUGUGAACCUGGAUUUGCAUAAGAAGACCUACACUAAGACCAAGGACGGAUAAGAAAGUGGGAUCAAUGCUGUAGUGAAAAGCAACAGAGCUGAGAAAGCACAGAGUGACCCUUUGCCUGGACACCAUUGCAGCUUCUGUAAAGCAGCGAGUAAAGCCAUCUGAAGCCAGGAGCUGCCUUUUCCCAGCCACACUGAACAGCUUCUGAGAAACACACUCUGCAUGAACCUUCUAUGGCCUUUUCUCACUUAUCACAGAACCCCAAUAUUCUCUAGGGCAGGAAAUUUCACAGUGGUGUUGUACUUAUGAGAAAAUAUAUCUCCUUGUUAUCCUGUGAGAAAAUCCUGAUAUAAUGAAUCUUAUGUCUUUAUCAGUGGCAUAAAUAAUGUUUUCUAUUUCCAAGUACUUAGCUAGUAAUGUCUAAUAUUCUGUAUUUUCAGUACUACUCUAGCAUGUUCAACACUGCAUCAUGGGAAUCCUGGUUCUGACUGCUAACCAGGAAUUUACAGCACUGCAACAGCACUGGUUUUGUGAACUCUCCGAUAAGACCCUAAGAAUCUGGCUUUGCCCCAUUGCUUACAAUCCUCGAGACAAUCUGGUAACAUCGUUGUUGGAAUAAUAGGUUUAAGUUACUUAAAUAGUUUGCUGAGAAUGCUUUCUUAGUUUUAUUGCUUUGUUGGUAUUCAUGGCUUCAUGGCCAGUCUUCACGAACGAAGAUUUGGGAAAGGUCAUUACCCUUCGAGCCUGCGCAGUGGAUUUUUUUUUAGGUGAGACACAGUGUGCGCUGAACUGAGCCCACCCUUUAAUCCUGAGGUUCAUCUGCUGGGGCCAAGCAAGCUUGGACGGUGGCAGCGAGGUCCUCAGGACGUAGGUUUGUUUAGAGUGACCUUCUCUUAGAUGGAUGGCCUUACGGGGCUGACGAGCUCCAUCUGCCCGGAGGAGUUCCCUGACCAGGAAUCGAACCCAGGCCCCGGUGGUGAGAGCGCCGCAUCCUGACCACUAGACCACCAGGGGUCCUCUUGUUGGUAUUCAUAUAUCUAUAAAUGCACCUGUUUUAACAGGUGAGGCAGCUUUUAUCCAUGGAGGCAAGGGAUCCCUGUAAGAUCACUCCAUGAGGUAAAGAUGAUUGACUGCAGUCUGGGACAGGUUGGAACAGGACAACCUGCCCCCGGUAAGGCCUAGAAUUUGUCCAGAGAGUAUAAGCUCUCUGUGGUGAGCUACUGGCACUGCCAGGGUGCUGUUUGCAUCCAGACGCAGUCUGCUUCAAGUAAGCUCUCGACUGGCCUAUUAAAUCUGUGACUGGCAGUUAAUCACUUUAUGUGAUAAAAGCACAAGCUCCUCUCUCAGAAGAUUGAAAUGCAGGAAUUCCAAGAUCCAAAAUUCCUGUGAAAUUGUCAUCAGACAGAGAGUCGCACUUCAUCAACUCCCUAGUUGCAUAAAGAGGUUUAUUUGUAGAAUUGUUUAAUGUUUUAAGAUCUGCUUUGCAGGAACUGCAGAAACUCAUCAUGUCAUCUAAGCCUGUGAGACUGGACACUCCUGCUCAUCUGUUCCAGCCCAAGGACUGAGUUUAUGUUAAGCUAUGAGACUGAAACUCCUGCAAGCCAAAUAGAAAGAACUGUUUUCAAGUCCAACAGACCAUCUCCAACGUGGACAGAGUUAUCAUCAAGGACCCUGAAUUUCACCCAGGAAGAAGAAAACCUCUGUUCCUGAGAUGAGUAGAGCAACAAAGACUGUUACAAGGACUGUUAAAAUAGUGUUUAAGUUUGCUUCUCUUGUUUGUAUUGCUUAGUAUGGCCAGUAACUAUGAAUUAAGUUUAAAACCUAAAUUUACAUUUGGCUUUAGCAAAAUGCACCAAACAUCCUUUAUAAGUUGAGUGCUGAAUUUGCACUAUGGAUUUGGCUAAAAUUUGGCAACAAGUUUAAAUUACAUAUUGGGUAGUUCUUAAAAAUGUUUCAUUAAGUUCAUUUCCACAAAUUUACUUCAUAGUUACCAAGCUGAAUAUGAAUAGAGCAGCCACUCAUGUUAGUAUAAAAAUAUAGCUUGUUAUAUGGUUAAUGCUAUGUAUGAGUAGUAGAGAUUGAACAAGAUCUUUGAACCUUGUUUAAUCUCUAAAGGGGGGACUGAUGCCUUAAG